AUGUCGCAAACAGGAGCGAAAUUAGCUGCAUUUCUACUGUUGUCAAAUGAGUGCAGUUCGUGUUAUUGUCAGGUUUGUGGCGAUUUUCUUCUCGAUGAUGCUAUCGUUUGUGGAUGCAUUAAUUUUGAUUUGUUCCUUUCCCGAUUUCUUUUCCAGGGUGAUGCAAGUGUACUACACAAUUUUUUCACUGGAAAUGGAUUAUCGGCAAGGUCGGAUUCUGAGGAUGAACAGAAUAAUUUCUCAGCUGAUUCACAGAUGUAUUUUGAUAUUCGAAAUUUAGAUGAGAAUCUCAGAGAGAAAUUGAAUUUAAUUGCGAAUGCAAGAAAGAAAUCAAGUGGAAAUUUGUCAACAGCUAAUAAUUCACCACUAUAUGGCACAUUAUUUUUAUUACGUGCUCGAUGUAAUUUUGUUGCCGCUCUUCUUUUGAUACAUCAAAAUGAAAGUUCAAUGGAAACUGAACGUCAUGCCCUUUUACCGCAUCUUCACAUGAUAACUGCUUUGUUAUCAAUAGUUGCAAACGUCGAAGAGCAAAAACGACUCGCCAGGCAAAGUCAAAUAUUUCUCUUAAUGGCACAGAAUGUCUUCUCUAGCCUUCGUAAGUUGUCUUAUUUUUUUGUUGUUUAA